AGGCUUCGCCUCUUGCAGUGUCUUUUUCAAAAGUCAAGCACAAAGCCACAGAUUAUUCAUUCUGCUCACAAUCCGCUGCGCGGGCAGAAGAACCUGCAGCGACGGACGGACGGAGCCUGCAGGCUCCUCAUUUUCUCUCCUGGAGACGAAGCGCUUUUGCGCGUAAGCGGGACCUGGCAUCACAGAAGGGGAGAGAGACACACGCACUCCCUCACUAUUUCAUUCCCUUUUUUUCCCCUCCACGUAUAUAUAAGUUAUUUCUGACUGUGUGAGAUCGCAGUGGAAGGGAGGUGGAGUGACUAUCUGGGGAUCUGAAGCAUCGGAUGCAGUGAGAGAGAGCCGAGCGCGCACGGCACCUGUGGAUGCAGCAAACCCCCCCCUGAUGUUCGGACUCAAACCUUUCUCAACAAGCACAGGAUCCAGUUGAUAAUCGCACCUUGCAGUCCGAUUCCUUUUUCUUUUUUCUUUUUUUUCAUUGCAUUUCUCUGUGUGUCGGAGGAGCGCACCAUGCGACUGAGCGUCUCCUUCCUGCUGCUUCCCCUGCUGAGCUUCACCGGCUGCAGAGCGUCGUACGUGCCGUGCGAGCCGUGCGACCCCAAGGCCCUGUCGCUGUGCCCGCCGGUGCCGGUGGGCUGCCAGCUGGUCAAGGAGCCCGGCUGCGGCUGCUGCCUGACCUGCGCCCUCGAGGAGGGCCAGCCGUGCGGCGUGUACACGGAGCCGUGCAUGCGCGGGCUGCGCUGCCUGCCCAAGAACGGCGAGGAGAAGCCGCUGCAUGCGCUCCUGAACGGGCGGGGCGCCUGCAAGAACGAGAAGUUGUUCAAACUGCUGUAUCCGUCAAAAGAGCCAGGGGAAAUCAAGGUGCCCUUAUAUGGAGAUCCCAUCAGCACUCGGAAGGCCCAGGCCAUGCAGCGGGCCAAGAACGGCAGGAAGCAGUUGGCCAGGCUCGGGCACGGCAGUAACCGGGAAUUCUCGUCAUCUAUCCUGGAUAAACUCGAGCCUGAAUUUGGACCCUGCAGGAGAAGACUAGAUAACCUGAUUCAGAGCAUGAAGGACACUUCUCAGGUCUUGGCUCUCUCUCUGUAUAUCCCCAACUGUGAUAAGAAGGGUUUCUUCAAACGCAAGCAGUGUAAGCCGUCUCGGGGUCGGAAACGAGGCAUCUGCUGGUGCGUGGACCGCUUCGGUGUUAAAAUCCCCGGCAUCAGCUACGCCGGCGGAGACCUGCAGUGCAAAGAUCUGGACAGCAGCAGCAACAGCAACGAAUGAGAUCCAACCAUUGGCUGAUCGCCGCUUCUUCUUAAAACCUGCCAAUCAAGCUACCACACCUUCUGACUGACAAUCAGAAAAUACAGCACAAAUGCUUUUAUAUAUGGUCACGUGUGAUGGACUGCGUUGUUAGUUUGUUUUUAAGGGAAGCCAAACAAAAAGGUUUGCACAUGUAGGUCUUCAUUGUGGCUCUACACUGACUCUGUAAUAAGAGGUUAGCUAUCAACUCAAAUAUAUCUUAGAUAGUAGAGAAAUAUACAUAUGCAGUAUAUUUGUUUAAUUCUGGUAACAUGAUGUGUCUUAAGUGUGUUGGAAAAUGUACUCCCAAAACGUUUGGAAAAGACUUUAAAUGUGGCUAAAUAUCAAUGAUUUUCAGAUAUUUGCCAGGUCAUUUUAAACAGGGAAGGUGGCCACAUAGAUAUAGUUAGUUUUGGUGUCGAAAUUUGGGCGUUUCACCGUGUAAUAUAAAUGUCUUAGACAGGUUUUUUGCUACAUUUGUCUGCAAUCAGAAACAGAAUUUCUUUUUGCUCAAUAUUUAAUGAAUAUGCUGUUAAGAUUUCCUUUUUUUUGAUAAUAGAUGGAUCCUGACUUAUGUACUUUUAUCAAUUCCCCUGAAAAGGCAGCUUAUAUAGUAAAUGGAAAAUCUCAUUGACAUUUAUGAUGUAAUUAAAUGAUUGCAAAGGGUUUAAAACACUUUUUAGCCUGUUUCUGCAGGUAAGGUGAACUGCAUAACUACCCUUUUUUCCCCAUUUUGAAUUCAUGGAGAUCAAAAACUGUUAUUUUGAGAUUCGGUGUCUGUCUUCAGACUAAAAAGUUCUCAUAAAAUAACAAUUUACUCUACAUGGUUGUCAGAUUGCUGAAGUUACUCAGGAGCAUGACAGAGAUUGGCUAAAAACCAGAGCUAACAGUAACUUGCCACAUCUGUGCAAUUAUGAUCAUUUUUAAAUUCUAAGGUUUCAGAAAAGAGUAGGUCUGAACUAAGGGGAAUUAUUUUAGAUCAAUAAACUCAAGCAUCCAUUUUCAUAUCCAUCUGUUAAACCUGGGGCUUGCAGCUAGCAAGCUUAGCCUACGCAAGACUGGAGACGACCUUGUUUUUACAGUCUUUGGACACAACAGGGAAACGCUAGACAGAGUCACUAAAGCUGGUUGGUUAACAAAAAUAAUAUGGUUAACUUAAACUGAAAAGAAAAAGUCUAGACCUUUUUUUUCUGACUGAGCAUCUGGGUAAAUUUAACAGUCGCUGCCGGUUAUUAUUCUGCCGCUUUCAGCUGAGCUUUUUAUGCUUCUCCUUGCAAAAAGGGAAAUUCAUCAUUCAAAAUGGUUGAAUUUCAGCCACGUAGGCCCUUUUAAAGCGAUAUUAGGCUUUGGCACCUUAAUUUCUGACUCAACUUGUGCACUUUUAACAGUUUUGUGUUUAGCGACAACUGACAUUUCUGUGCCACAUUCAGACAAAACCAUAUAAUACAUCCUCAAAAUACCAAAAAGGAUGAAACCUUGCUUAUGAACAAGCCUGUUUUACUGUCAAAAGUGAAAUAUUUGAAUGCUUUUGAAACUCCACGUCCAGCAACUGCAUUCGCUGUUUUGUAAAUGUAUGUAUAGACUAUGUGCAUGCUUCUUAGUGUGUCUGUGCGUGUAUAUUUGUUCACUUCAAACUCUUGCUAGCCCGGCUUACUCAAGCUACAAACAUGGUGCCGUGCAUUACCCCCUCAGAGCCUGCACACAAAUUGUAUGCAAAGGCCCCACGCUGUUUAUUUUUCCACGUGGAGGGUCCUCACCGCCACCACACACGCAAAUCCUCGCAGGGUUCAUCAGGUUCCUUGUCCCAUAAAGCGCAAGGAUGCUGAGUUUGUAUGUAAAUUCAAGUGCCUUCUGUCCCACAUCGUUUUGAAUUUUUGAUUUGCAUGUGGACCCAUUGUGUUGCCGAGUGACGGAUACCCGAGUGGAAAAGUAGAUCAGUUUGAGAUGUGGAUGGGGUUCGCUGACAAACGUGGUCAUGACCUUCCAGUCAAAUGCUGCUAAACAUAUGAUGACAAAGGACAGCUUUGUGUUCUGUGGUUUAAAAAAAAAAAAAAAAUGUUCAAGAUCCUGUUUUUGUUGUUAUAAACUUAAUGUUUAAUAUAAUCUUGGAUAUUCCUCCACUGACGAUGGCACAUCUGCCAAUUCUUCCUAAUAAAACACCUCUCUUGUGCCGUUGUUUCAACAUGUAUACACAACGUAGUCACACUUUUAAAGCUCAACAAUCUCAGUUUCAGAAGAAGAAAAAAAAAAUAGUAAUGUGAGCAUUACGGAAAAUAUUUAACAGGCGUGUAAUUGAUGUACUCGUUUUUGUAAAGGCAAAUCACUAUUUAAAUAAAGUUCCUGUACUCACAAUGAUGCCGA